AAUUAACUCUGUGUUUUUGUUCGAUUUCGUGUUCUUCUCGUUUAAGCUAACUACGUAUGGCGAUCUACGAUUUGGCGCGUUGUUGUCUUAGGGUUUAGGUCAUGGUGUCGAAGCGAAUCUUGAAGGAGCUCAAGGAUCUCCAGAAAGAUCCUCCAACCUCUUGCAGUGCAGGUGCUGUGGGAUCAUGCUCGAUAUUAUUUGCAAAAUCUCUGUAUUUGAUAAUGAAUUACAAAAGGAGCUUUAAUGGAUUUGCUGCCAAGCUCACUGAUCAUGAGGCAAAAAAAGCUAGAACGGCUUCUAAAUGGAUUUUGAAGGAACUCAAGGAUUUGCAGAAGAUGGCGAUUGUUGAUGCUGGAAAGGGGGAGAGCAAGUGGCGUGAAUUAGACAUAUUGAGGAGUUUCCACCUAAUUCUUUGGAAGAAGAAACUAAAGGAAUUAGGAUAGUUAAAAGCAUGUUUGCAAGUUGUAGGGUGUCAACCAGAUUAUUUGGAUGAAUUCAGUUUUGUUUCUUUUCUUGAUGUUGCUUAAGUAGUUAAAGUUGCUAAAUUGAUGGUUGUUUGUGCUUCUUUGUUGUUACUUGGUUUUAGCACAGGUUCUAAAGGGAAUCAAACUGAUGGUGAGAGGCAAAGGGGAAAUGGCGAUACAGGUGGUGGAAGAGGUAUUUUGUUUUUCAAUGUCCCCCAUUUCUUCCUUAUUUUUUUCCUCUAUGUUUUAUCUCAUUUCAUUUUCACUUUUUGGGUUUCUUUGCUUUUGUGAGAUUUAAGCACUAGAAUAGUUAAUAGGAGAAACACAACCCUCUCACAGUUGCUACAAUGAUCUCAUUGUCACACGGUGGGUUUAUAAACACCAUAAUAAACUCUUCUUUCGCUAAAGUUUUUAUUUAUGUUGCCUGCAAACAACUAUGGGAGCUUGAAUAGUUAUGAAUUUGUUGAUCAUUUAUAUUGUUUAACAUAUUUGUGAGAUUUGUUAGUACAUUAGAAUUUCUUUAGAGAUUUGUGACAGUAGAGCAAGAGAUUGAGUAGAUUGAGUUUAAUUUUAGUCAGAUGAAGCUGCUGUGGCUAUAGAUGCAGAUGGUUUUUUUUUUCUUUUUUUCCGGGGUCUAUACCAAUGGAUUA